UACUGAAAUCAUCGAGAAUGUCUAAAAAGAACACGACUCAUUCUUACUCCGCUCUAAGUCCACACGACCCAGACGAGGCCCAUGAUUCUGACAAUAUGAAUGCUUCUAAAGCUGAGCUACAACAUCGUCAGGCAGACCCCAGUCAAACUAGCCAAAGUCAAAUGCUGAGCGAUCGAGGACGCAGACGCAGUUUGGACCCUACGGAUCCCACUGCACCCAUGCAACGGCAACAACCACAUUGGUCUGAUAAGGACAACAGUAGUGAAGACGAGGAUGAUGAAGUGGAAAACCCUGUUGUUAGCGAGAGCAAACAUUUGCAUCAAUACUGGGUUAGAUAUCUGAUUUUGACAACUGUCCUUGCUGGCUUGGCGGCGCUAGCUAUUCUGCUUAUUGUCAGAACCUGGAAGAGUAGCUAUUACAUGGCCCCUGUCUAUAAUGAGGCUGUCAAGGCUCUACCAGAAGAACAGCCUGUAUGGCCCAUUCCCAAAUCAUUCACUUUUGGAAAGCAGAAAGUCUUGCUUAGCAAAGACUUUUAUAUCCAGACGACGGUUUUCAAUGACCAGCAAUUUGGAAUAGCACCAAUUUUGGAGAAGGCUAUUGGACGAUUAGAAGAACGUCUACAACUCAAGAGGAACAUGACACUUUAUAGGAUGGACUCAGUUGAGCCUGAUUAUGGCGAUAAUAUCCCAUUGACAAAGUUGGCCAUCUUGGUGGACAACGCCCAGGCGGCGCUCGAAUAUGGAAUGAUUGAAUCGUACACACUCGAGAUCCCCGGACGGAAAUCCGCAAACAGUGGCAAUGGUGAUAGUGCUCCUUACGCUUUCCAAGUGCACAGCGCAGUGCUCAGAGCAGCAACACAAUGGGGUGUCAUCCAUGGCUUAGAAACGUUUUCACAACUCGUCCGAGCUCAGCCUAUGACAACAACGUCUAAAAUUAAUGCUGAAUCUAUAUCAGCAACAGCUGAGAACGUACUGGUGAUCCCAAAUGUUCCUUGGAUCAUUCGAGAUGAACCUCGAUACUCGCACCGAGGGAUUCUCUUAGACACUUCGCGCAAUUAUAUCCCUGUCAAGGACAUCAUUAAAACUAUUGAAGCAAUGUCAAUAGUCAAGUUCAAUGUCUUCCACUGGCAUGUUUUGGAUCAGCAAUCAUACCCACUCGUAUCAAAGACUUAUCCUGACUUGACGGCUAAAGGUGCUGAGCGACCUGACUACAUUUAUACAUCAGAGGAUGUGGCCUAUAUCGUUCAGUAUGGUGAGGAGCGGGGUAUCCGUGUUCUACCCGAGUUUGACUCUCCAGGGCACGCUGCCAGUUGGGGUCGAGCCUACCCAAACCUCACAGUCUGCCUGGAUAUGGAGCCUCACAGAAAGUAUGCUGCUGAACCACCCGCUGGACAAUUAGACCCAUUGGAACCAUUCACCUAUAUCCUCCUCGACAAUCUCAUCCAAGAGUGGGGAGUCCAAUUUCCAGAUAAGCAUGUUCAUGUAGGAGGCGACGAGGUCAACUUUGACUGCUGGAAGACUUCAAAGCGCUUGCGGGACUAUAUAGAGCAUGCAGGCAGACGGGGUCAAUACGAGGAUGCUCUUCUGCCGACUGUAACAAGCCCUUCGAAAGAGAAUAAGAUGCGCACUACAAGGGCUGGACCUCAAUCUGGAGAAGACAAACUGCUAGAGCUUUAUCUGGAUAAAGUGUUCGGCAUGUUUAUGGCACAAGGCAAGAGACCGAUUGUAUGGGAAGAGAUAGCAUUAGAGCACAAAGUGAAGCUGCCAGAUUCAGCCAUUGUACAGGUCUGGAAGAAUGCAGUCAAUGCCAAGAGAGUGAUUGAGCAAGGAUGGCCUGUUAUCCUUUCAAGUGCUGAGUACUGGUAUUUGGACUGUGGUAGCGGUCAAUGGCUCAUUGGCUCUCAAGGCCAAAGCUGGUGCAAGUAUUCCAAUUGGCAGCGUGUUUACUCAUAUAGUCUCACCGACCAGUUGAACACCGAGCAGCAAAAGAUGGUUUACGGAGGUGAAAUCUGUAUGUGGUCCGAGCAGACAGAUGCCUCAAACCUUCAUUCGAAUAUCUGGCCACGAGCUGCAGCGGCUGCAGAGGUGCUGUGGAGCGGCUCACAAGAUGAGAAUGGCCAAGACAGGCCAUUGAUUCAUGCCGCGAAGCGAUUGACGGCUGUGAGGGACCGCCUAGUCCAGAUGGGUGUCGCUGCAGCGCCCAUAUAUCCUUCAUGGUGCCGCCAUAGUCCUGAGGGGUGUCUUGCUUAGACCCGAUAAUCAUAUCUUAAGCUCCAUAUCUUUCGAACGAUAUUUCCAAAUAAAGAACAGGG